AUGCUCUCAAAUCAGCCUUCUAUUGUCUAUGGCCCGUCAGCUCCGAUCCCGGUGUCAAUGACAUUUGGGGACCUUCUAUCCUACCAUGCACAACACAGGCCAGAUAACCAUGCGAUUAUAUCGCAUCAUCAAAAUAUCCGCUUGACCUAUAGUCAGCUCGAAGAGCGUAGCACGUCGCUAGCAAAGGCAUUCUCCAGCUAUAACGUUAGCCGGGGUGAUACUGUGGCCAUCAUGUUGGGCAGUCGAACGGAAUACAUCGAAACAUUUUUUGCGUGUGCGAAAUUAGGUGCAUCGCUUGUCCUUCUUAAUUUCGCCUUUGUUUUAGAGGAGAUCGUUGAUACCUUGACUCCAAUUGCCCCGAAGCUUCUCGUUAUGACACCCAGCUUUGGGAAAUUUCAAUACGAGAACAUUCUAUUAAAGCUUUCAAAAAUGCUUCCUUCUUUGCAAGCUGUGGUCCUUGUGGAUCCGUACAAACUGAAGGCUCAAAGCCUAGGAGAUAAAAUGGUCUCCUAUGAAGUCUUACUCAAGCAAAAUUUUGCCACGAGCUUGCCUGGCAAUGUUUCGCCUCAUGACAUUGUCAACAUACAAUUCACAUCUGGCAGCACUGGGACUCCCAAAGCAGCUGCACUUAGCCACUACAACAUUAUGAAUUGUGGCAAGAAUAUCAGUGCCCAGAUGAGCAUAAGCGAUAAGGACCGAGUCUGUCUUCCUGUGCCUUUGUUCCACAGUUUUGGACUUAUCAUUGGUAUUUGCACCAGCACGUGGAGUGGAUCAACCAUUGUAUUCCCAUCGGAAACGUUCGACGCCGAUGCGGUGUUGAAAUGCAUUGAGGGAUAUAGAUGCACUGGCAUUUAUGGAGUCACCACAAUGUUCAUCGAGGAGAUGAAGAACCCGAAGUUUGCUUGCACCGAUCGCUCAUCUCUGAAGUUAGACUUCUGUCCAAUAACGCUCGUCGACCUUUUAAAACUGACUCGUACUAGAUUUGGAAUCAUGGCAGGAUCAGCAAUGCCACAGGAUUUGCUGGAAAAGGUUGCAACCUCCUUCCCAGUUCCUCGCCUCUACACAAAUUGGGGGAUGACGGAACUUUCGUCCAUUACCACUAUGACACACCACAGCGAUCCAACCCCCAAUCGUCUUCACACAGCCGGUCGCCUUUUCCCGAACUUCAUUGGGAAAAUCGUGGAGCCUAACACAGGCCGAGUUCUGCCGUGGGGACAGAAGGGAGAGAUUGUGAUCUCUGGAUAUGGAGUCAUGGGUGGAGGGUAUCUUCGAAAUCCAUCCAAGACCGCAGAAGCGAUGAGACAACACGUGGAAGACUUGGAGCCCCAUGGAGUCGGACCUGUGGACAGCGAGGGAAAUCUUAGAACGUGGAUGCACACAGGAGAUGAAGGGUAUUUUGACAAAGAUGGAUAUUUUGUGAUCACUGGACGCAUCAAAGACAUCAUCAUUCGCGGAGGAGAGAACAUUUCCCCGGUAGAAAUCGAAGCACGACUUUCCUCCCACGGGGCGAUUGUCCAGGCUUCUGUUGUUGGGGUUCCGAAUGCUCGACUUGGAGAAGAAAUAGCUGCCUUCGUUGAACUAACCAACGGCCAUGCUAAACCUACCGAUGAAGAGCUCCAGAAAUGGGUGCGAGCAAGUCUCAGUCGCUUCAAAACACCAAAACACUUUUGGUGGAUAGGUAGUCCCCAGCAUGGCGUUCCCCGAGAAUGGCCGAAGACUGCAUCUGGAAAGCUUAGAAAACCGGACUUACGGGAAGUCGCGAAAGAGUUGUUGGAGGAGGUGCCGGAAAGAGCUCGACUUUAG